UGGCUUUAAAAAAGUGAGGAUCAUUUUUUAGAGGAAUCCCUAUUCCCUGGCACUUGUACAAAGCACGAAUUUCUCUUUGUAGUGAAUUUGGCUGGCUGCUUGUACAUUUGAGUGUGUUGCUCACGUAUCUGUUUUCUCAUGCUUUUUAUGGGUUUAUAAUAUAUUUGGCCAAACCUAUUGUAAUCUUUGUUCCCAAAAUGUUCAGUGUUACUAAGAAUAUUGUGAACUUUGAAGAACUUGAUUUGACAUGUUGGAUUUAGAAUUUGUGCCAUGUCUAAAUGUUUCAUUGUUAGCACUUGACUUGCCAAACCUAAAAGUUCAAGUCUUGGAUAUAAAUUUCUAGUACAGCUGCUAAUGGCAAAUGGCUGCUUUUGUAUAUUUCUCUUUUUUUAAUUCUUGGAAAGGCCUAUCAACUUCAAUCACCAAAAUUCGAUCUCAAUCAAGUACAACAGUGUCAAGGAGCAUUGCUUAACAAGAACAUUUGGUUGUCUUAGGUAGUUGGCUCCUUCAGUUAGUCCCCAUCUCAAAUAGUAGUUGUCAAAGCCAAAGUAUUUCUGUUAUUGUUGAGGCCAUGACUUGGUACCCAACAGCUUAUACUGAUGAUAGAUAAACUUUUUGUUGUUUUUUGGAUUUUCAUAAAAUCAGGGAUUUACCUAGGAAAAUAUAAAAACUAGUUAUUGGGUGUGGUGCAGUGAUUAUAGUUUCUCACUCUAAUCCCCUCGGGGAAAGCACCAAAAAGCAAGAACAGAAGAAAAAAUAUGGGAGAAAAAGGAAAAUUCAAUAAAAAAGGGGAAUUAGGGUUUUUUCAUCAAUAGUUAGCCCUAAACAAAAGAAAAGAGGUCUUUUUAAGAGUCCAAACCCUGAGAGCCAAAUUGCAUCUUGGGUCCAAAAGCUAAAAAAGAUCCAAACCCAAAAAUAACAUCAAAGUUCGAAUAAGCCUAAAUGGAUCCGAAUAUAAGAUCCGAUCUACUCUAAACUAUACGUCAAUCUCCCUGGGUUGAAGUCUUCGGCUCUUGACGAAGAUGUGUGCUCGGAUCGGUGGAAGAUGAUCAACAAUGGGAUGAGUUGCCCUAGACUCGCCUGGAGUAGCUGUAGGCUUGGUGGCUGUGAGGAAGUACCCUACAUAUUAGUAGCCUCUACUGGAUGCUUAAUUUCUGGCGAGUCAAUGGCAUCAUGGUGGGGAUAUAAAUUGGACACAUUAAAGAUCGGUGAGAUGUGCCAAUCAUCGGAGAGCUCUAUGAGGUUGACCACAUAUGGAUUGGCUGAAUUACGAAUAGAAGGCGAUGGAAACUGCCAGUUUAGAGCAUUAGCAGAUCAGCUAUAUCAUAAUCCAGACUACCAUAAGUAUGUAAGGAAGCAGAUUGUGAAGCAGCUAAAACAUAACCAGAAAUUGUAUGAGGGAUAUGUUCCAAUGGAAUACAAACCCUACCUAAAGAUGAUGAAAAGGUCAGGCGAAUGGGGAGAUCAUGUUACCCUGCAAGCAGCUGCAGAUCGGUUUGAAGCCAAAGUAUGUCUUCUUACCUCAUUUAAGAAUACUUGCUACGUUGAAAUCCUUCCGAAGUCAGGAAACUUUUCACGAGAAGUUUGGUUGAGUUUCUGGAGUGAAGUUCACUACAACUCAUUAUAUGAAGUUGGAGAUGUUCCAACACGAGUACCUAGAAAGAAGUACUGGCUGUUCUAAGGAAAGUCUGCGAGUGGUGGGACAUGACCAUUUGAUAAGUUGCAGGAAGCCGCUGUUCUAUUGCAAAGUGAUAUUUCAUGGAUACUACAAUUCACUGGCCUUUAUGUACUUUAUUUCUGGAAUGCAGUAGUCCCACGAUGGAAGAGGUGAUGGCUGAUCUACUUAGAUUUAGCAUUUGCAACACAUCAAUGCGUAAAUAUUUAGAGGAAUUUAUUGAUUGGCAAGGUGCAUCAUGCCAAUGUGUAAUAUAAAAUUGGAGAAUGAAUGUAUCUUGCAUGACAGUCGACCAUACCGGCAUUCUAUUUAGUUUGAGUUCAAGACCAAAUGGGGGUAUAUUCCAUUUUUAACACCGAAUGCAUGUGUUUCUUAUCUCUCAGGGGGGACAUUGGUUCUAAGAAUAUUAUCUGGAGAUAAAGUUGUCUUUUAACUUG